AUGGUGAUGGUCCUCUCUUCCUCAUUGUUGUUUGCGCCCUGGGUGCUGCUGCAGCUACUACUACUCUCUGGUUGUCAUCAUCUUCCAGUAGCAGCAGCAAGGCUACGAGGUGAAGAUGGGACCUUGUCGCUAUUGGUGGCGGUGCCACUGAGCGGAAUGGAUCCAGGCUUUUUCCACCUCGCAGCGGCGCGGUUGGCCGUGGAUCAUUUCAACCAGCGCAAUGCUUCCGUCGUCCAGUCCCUGGGGUCUUCUUUUCCAACCAAGGAUUGCAACAUUACCUUUGGACGGGUCAAGGUGAUGGAUACAGGCGGCGACGGUCAUGAAGCAAUGCAGUCGAUCUUUGAGGAAUUCAUCCACAAGGAAGAAGAGAAGAAGCCAUCUUUGUACCCGAUGCCAUUGCGGGGCCGUAUCAUCCACUGA